GAGAUUAUUCCCGUAGGCAGGUCAUAUUAGUUUCAGCUAUAUGUCUUAUCGGGCUAGACACGUAGACGUUACUGAUUGGACAAAUCUUUAUCCAAUUCGGAAGGAGCUACUGCUUCUUAAAACUCUUCCACGGAGCCAUUCAGGCGAGCAGAACGCGACAAUCUAUUUCGGAAAGCACGUGCUCGGCACGAUAAAGGACAGAACGAGACACGAUGAUUGUGGUCGUAGCUGUGGCGAUUUUAACUGUUCUUCUUAUUACUCUGGUGUUGCGACAGAGACCGAGGCGUCCGCCAGGUCCCUUUCCAUGGCCAUUUAUUGGAAAUCGAUAUUAUUUAAGAAAUUUAACGCAUAAACACGGUGGGCAACACAUGGCGUUUCUGGAACUCAGCAAGAUUUACAAUAGCAACAUCAUAAGUUUACGUUUGGGCACCAAUAACCUGAUUGUUGUCACUGGCAAGAAGCUUAUACAAGAAAUAUGUCUCAGCGAAGAUUACGACGGACGUCCUUGGAAUGAGUUUACAAAGAUGCGAAACAUGGGACUCAGAAAAGGGAUCACGAUGAACGACGGUGUCGAAUGGAAGGAAUUGCGUGCCUGGACGGUACGCGCUCUGAGGUCCAUCGGCUUUGCCAGGCACGCGAUGAUGGAGCUGCUCAAGGACGAGUUGACGGCCAUCGUCGAUAAGCUGGCGGAGGGCGGCGUGCGGCAGAUACGACCCGUGUUCGCGCCCGCUGUGAUAAAUGUUCUCUGGAUGCUGAUCACAGGACGGAAGCCGUCUGAGGACCACUCGAGGUUGCAGAAAUUCAUAGAUCUGUUGGAUCGUCGCGCGCAACAGUUCGAUAUGAGCGGCGGCUUUCUGGCGGCUUUCCCCUGGAUGCGUUACAUCGCGCCGGAGCUGUCGGGAUACAACAUCCUCGUCACGUUAAACAAUGAGCUCAAAGGCUUCCUAAUGGACACUAUCAAUGAGCACAAGAGACAGUAUGUCAAGGGGAGCGAGAUGGACUUUAUCGAUUUGUUCCUCCUGGAGAUGUACAACAGCGCAACGGAUAAGCAACGAGACAAAGCCCCUGUGUUUUCAGACGAGAAUCUGCUCGUGACGUUGAUCGACUUCUUCAUCGCCGGCACCAGCACCACGACAGCGUCGUUGGAUAUUCUCUUCUUGCAAAUGGCCAAUCAUCAGGACGUGCAACGCAAGCUGCAGGAGGAGAUCGACGCCGUGAUCGGUCCCCACAGGCUUCCCCAGCUCGAGGACAAAAUCAAAAUGCCCUUCACGGAAGCGACAUUGACCGAGUGCCAACGCUUAUGGAACGUCACACCUAUAAUCGGGCCACGUCGCGUUCUCAACAAUACAAUCCUCGACGGUUACAAGAUACCGAAGAACGCUACCAUUCUCAUGAAUGUAUAUUCGAACAAUUUAGAUCCGGAUUUAUUCCCCGAUCCGACUUUAUUCAAGCCAGAGAGAUACAUCAGCAAGGACGGCACUUAUCAACAGCCAGAAAAUAUUAUUCUAUUCGGCAAAGGAAAGAGAAGAUGCCCCGGAGAAGCUUUGGCAAAAUCGGCCCUAUUCCUGCUGUUCGUCGGGGUAAUGCAGAAAUAUUGUUUACUUCCGGUGCCAGGUAAAAAAUCCAUUAAGAUGGAUUUAUCCAUUGGAUUGAUAAUGUCACUAAAGCCUUAUGAAAUGUUAAUUGUUCCGAGAUAAAAUAGCGUUGUUCCGCAAUAUUCAGUUAGUAAUUCUUGUUUUGAAUUAUAAUUUUAUUAAUUGGACAAGUGUUAGCGUCUAUAUUAGACUAUAAUCUACAUUAGACUAUAAUUUUUCGUUUUAGUUGUUUGUUAUAUUUUUUUGAAUGUAUAUAUAUAUAUAUAUGUAUAGGCGUCAGAGCCGACGCAAAAAAAGAAGUAAAAAGAAGAAAAUGAUAGAAGCAGAUUUGAGUGCAUAAACUUGUAUUUUCCCUUUUUUCUUAAUUUCUAUUUUUUUAAAAGAGUACCGAAAGCACUAUAUAAAAUGUAUACUAUGCCUAAGAAAGAAGAAGAAAGAAGUAAAAAAAAAGAAAAUAAUAAAGGCGGAUGUUGCUACAUAAACUCAUAUUUUCUCUUUUUGUAGUUUCUAUUUUUUUCAAAUAGUACUGAGAAAGUAUUACGUAAAAUAGUAUACUAUGCAAGAAUUUAGCAAGAUAAUGUCACUUUAUUGUAAAUACAAGCUUCUACUAGCGAUUUAAAUAUUGUAGAUGACAUAUUAAAUAUGUUAUAUGUUAUUUCACCACAA